UAUAUCUUGUUUUGCGGUUGGUAGCUUGAGUGAGAAUCGUUUCUAUAUUUGACAUUUCGUGUUCCUUUGUGCUUUAUGUUAUCUUCCCAAAUCUUGUUUGUAUUUUUAUAAAAUGGCAAAUAUUUCUAAGGCAGAGCUCCGCAAGGAAAUUAACGCUAUUUUGAAAGAUGCAGAUCUCUCAUCUACUUCUGCCAAGAAAGUGAGGCAGAUGCUUGAAGAAAAACUUGAUUGCAAUUUGGCAGCUAGAAAAAAGGAAAUUGAUGGUCUAGUUAUGGACUAUGUUAAUGAGCAUGUUAAAAAUGAAGAUUCUGAAGAAGAUGGUACUGAAGAGGAGGAGGCUAGUGAAGAAGACGAAGCUAGUGAAGAGGAAGUAAAAGAAAAGAAAAGUAAGAGAGCAGCUCCAGCCAAAAAGAAGGCAACUAAAAAAGCUCGACAAGAUGAUGACGAUGAGGAAGAUGAAGAAGAGAACAGUGAAUCUGAGGCCAAUUCUGACGCUAUGUCUGAGGAGGAAUAUAGCCCCAAAAAGACAACUAAGCCAAAAGCUAAAAAGGGGGCCAAGGGUAGGAGAAAGAAGGGAUCAGACAGUGACUCUGAUGAUGACUGGAAUAAGAGCAAGAAAACUAAGAAAGCGAAAGGAGGAAAAAGAGCCACUGCCUAUACAAGGCCCUACAAGCUAUCUGCAGAGCUGUCCAACUUAAUUGGUUCAAAAGACCCUAUGCCCCGACAUGAGGUCAUCAAACGGGUUUGGGCCAUCAUAAAAGAGCGCAAUCUUUAUGAUCCAGAAAACAAACAAUUUGCCAUCUGUGAUGAUGAGUUGAUGAAAGUAAUGGGUGUGAAACGUUUCCGUACAUUCGGUAUGAUGAAAUACCUGAAGAAUCAUUUUCUUGAUUAAUUUGAAGAUUAAGUG